AUGGCCAACGUUCAGGUCUCUAUGGCACAAACCGCAUUACUAAAGGAUGGCAUGAUAUUAUUGGGAGCUCAGCUCAAUGAAACCAAUAAAGUAGUAAAUAGUAUUAUUGAAAGAUCAAAUCGCCAGCAAGGCGAUAUACAGGCCAUAAACGAGUCUCUACUAUACCUAGCUGGCAGAGUUGAUCGAUUGGAGAGCCGAGUGGAGCAUAAUAUUCUCUAUACAGCCAUCAACGAUAUGAUCCAAAAUAAAUUAACGCUGAAAUUUGUGGCUCCGACUGAAUUUGAUGAGUUAAUUCAAACCAUUGUUCGGUUUGCGUCUAUGGAAAAUACAACUUUCCCUACCGAAAUUCCAUUAACGUCGGCCAUCACGCAGCUUCUGAUUGCUCAACAACUUACAUUUAUACCAUGGCCACUCUAUUCGGCGACACGGCCGAGUAAUCGGCAAAUAGGAACGUAUCUAUUAUUAUUCGGAAAAGCGAAGGAGAUAAUGCGGAAGAAAUUUGACGAGUAUACGGAUAUCAUUAAUAAUAUCAAUAUGUAUGAUUCAUUUUUAUCAACCAUGUAUGAUGCAUUCACAUUGAUUAUUGCAGAAAAACAAGCAACCGCAGUCACAAAAUUGAUGAAUUAUUACAAUAAUCCAAAACAAUGCUUAGCAGAUUAUGGGGAAGAUAUCAAUUUUGAACAAAUAAAAAAGGUUGAAUUAUAUCUGGAUACGCCUUCACAAAAAGAUACAGUUAGUGCUGCUAAUCCUUCAAAAACGGUAUUAUUAACACCUCGAAAAAUCGUGGCAUCGUCGUACUUGACUGGUGUCAAAAGAAUCAAGGCUGUCAUAGUGAAAGACGUGUUUUUUAAACUGCAGCAAGCCGGUUUUGGUAAAUUUGAAACAGGAAAUCCACAUGGAUCAGCGUCACUCUAUUUCCAUAAGGAUACUGUCGAUACUGCUCAAUUUAGUGAAAUUAGCAAACUAGAAACUCGUCUUCGACAACUGCAAGUGCCACUCAAAGCGUAUGUCGAUAGCUUAAAAAUGGAAAAUAUCGUUUUCGAAGCGUCGAGAAAGCGUCCAUCACAAACAACAACGGAAAAAGGGUCUAAAUCACCAACUCUGGUCAUUCCGGAAGAAGAAGAGGAUGAACACGAACGAAUAGUGACUGCUGGCGGACAAGAAUUUGUGACAAAAAAAGCAAGAAAGACAACGAAAUAA